AUGCUCAGGGAGAAUCACCUCAAAGACACCAUGUCUCUCACGAUCAAGCUUUACUACUGGCCAGGAGCCUGCUCAAUGGCCAGCCAGAUACUUCUUGCGGACUCCGGCCUGGCCUAUGAAGCCAUCAAGAUCAACUUGCAAGACCCGCCCGCACGAGCCGAGUACAUGAGGACGUUAAACCCAAAAGGCCAAAUCCCGACGUUGGUCAUUGAUGGCGAGAUCAUUACGGAAGGCCCUGCCGUGAUCACUGCCAUUUCUCAGCUGGUCCCCGAAAAGUGUUACACUGGCAGCACUCCGAUGGAGAACGUCCGGUUUUAUGAGUGGAUGAAUUUUCUAUCGGGAACCGUUCUCACCAAGUCGUUCGGUGGACUGUUCAAACCGUCUUGGUACUCCGACGAUCCAAGUGCAGCGGAAGGCAUUAUCGCUAAGUCCAAGGUCAACAUCUCGGCAGGUUUCCAGUUGAUUGAAGAUAGGCUGGAAAAGCUCAGCGAUCCAACGCACGCUCUUGGUCACUCUCUUACUGGCGUCGAUGCCUACCUCGCAGUAUUCAUCACUUGGGCGAACCGUUUCCAGAUUGAUAUCAGCAAGUAUCCCAACUACCGCAAGCUAUUCGAUAGCAUCUCGCGGACGGCUGCGUUCAAGGCAGCGCAAGAGAAGCAGGUCUGA